AUGGAUGAACGGAAGACUCCCGUUGAAUACUCCUCCGAGCCAGUCCACACUCCCCGACCCGCAGGAUGGAUGUACAAAGACACCAAGAUCGGUAAAUUCUCAACGAGCUGGUAUGCUUCCCCACGCAUUCAGUUGGGUAUGGUCGCCUUUGUCUGCUUCCUCUGCCCAGGCAUGUUUAACGCUCUGAGUGGAAUGGGCGGUGGUGGAAAGUCCGACCCUAGCUUGGCCGAUAAAAUGAAUAUCGCCUUGAACAGUACUUUCGCCGUCGUCGGUUUCUUCGCUGGAACGGUCGUUAACCGUAUCGGUGUCCGUCUUUCUCUCUCCUUCGGUGGUGUCGGUUAUUGCAUUUAUUCCAUUAGUUUGCUCGUCUCCGAACAUGCUUAUGUCCCCGGUUUUAAUAUCUUCGCCGGCGCCUUCCUCGGUGUCUGCGCCGGUCUGCUCUGGGCUGCUCAGGGAACCAUCAUGAUGUCCUACCCGAUCGAACAACAGAAGGGUCGCUACUUCUCCUGGUUCUGGGGUAUUUUCAACGUCGGCGCCUGUAUCGGUAGUUUGAUCCCACUGGGCCAAAACAUCCAUGUCAAGGAGAACAAGACCGUCGGCGACGGUACCUACAUCGCCUUCAUCAUCCUCAUGUUCGCAGGUGCCGUUCUCGCCCUGUUCAUCUGUGACGCAGACAAAGUCAUCCGUCGCGACGGCUCGCGCGUCAUCCUCAUGAAGAACCCCUCGUGGAAAUCCGAGAUCGUCGGACUAUGGGAUACAGUCCGCUCCGAGCCGUGGAUCAUCCUCCUCUUCCCCAUGUUCUGGUCCUCCAACUGGUUCUACACAUACCAGCAGAACGCCAUCAACGGCGCUUACUUCAACACUCGCACCAAGGCGCUAAAUGGAUUCCUGUACUGGUUUGCUCAGAUCGUCGCCGCUGUUAUCAUGGGUCCUUUGCUUGAUAGCGAGCGCGUGCGUCGCUCUGUUCGUGCGAAGAUCGCACUGAUCGUCCUUUUCGUCCUCACAGUCGUUAUCUGGGGUAGUGGCUAUGCUUGGCAGGUGCGAUACACCCGUGAGGAUGUUGAUCCCAAGACCACCGAUUUCAAGGGCUGGGAUUGGACGACCCCCGGCUACGUUGGUCCCAUGUUCCUCUACUUCUUCUACGGCAUGUACGAUGCUGCCUGGCAGGGUCUGGUCUACUGGAUCAUGGGCGCUCUCGGUAACUCCGGCCGUAAGCUCGCCAACUUGGCAGGCUUCUACAAGGGAUUGCAAUCCGCCGGUGCGGCCGUCAUGUGGUCGUUGGAUGAGCGCAAGAUCCCCUUCAUGAACGAAUAUGCCUCGAACUUCGGUCUGCUGUGUGGCUCGAUCCUCAUCGCUGUCCCUGUCGUCUUUUUCAAGAUCAAGGAUACAGUCCCCGUGGAGGAUGAGCUUGCGGGCACUGGAGAGACACUUGAGGACGUGCUGCCCCCUGGUGCCAUUGAGUCCAAGCGUGUUGGGGACGAGAAGAUCUAA